CAAUACGGCUCUUUAUUGUAAAAUUACACAAUUGCUAAUCCGUUCAGUAUAAUACCAAUACAGGAAAUAUCUUGUGACUGAAAAUAUGUAGGUUUUCCACACGUUUGUUACGCUUAAACAUUUUUACGCGCUUUAUUAAAAAUUCGGUAUCCAUAACCUAUUCUCUUGAUGACAACGCACGAUGGAAAUCGGCGUUACUAGGAGGAUUUCAAACUAUUGAUGACUUCUGAGCUAUACUAUGAUCGAUGCUGUAACGUUAUUGAAUAUAUUAAAUGGAACAUUGUCGAAUCCCUAUUUUCGUGCUUCACAUCAUUUGCCAUUGCUACCAAUGAGAGUUCAUCACUGAGCCACUGACCAAUUCUCUCCAAAACCUGCAGAGUACAGUACAAACUAGGAAGUACAAAGGAAAUAAUAUCUCUGAGAUGCAAAGAUCUUACGUGUGCACCAUGUUGUCUUCUAUAUGAUUUUGAUAAAAUUUCUGAAACGGUGAACGAUUAUUAAGGGAUCAGAAUGUUACUUAAUAGUUAUUAAGUUGGUGAAUGUGGUUUUUACCAUUUUAUUCACUUUUCAAUAUCAUAUUUUUUUCUUGAUCAUAACCUCUUGGAUGCGUUGCAAGAAUAAAUAAUUGUGUAUAAAGCAGAUUUAUCGUUUUACGGAAGUUCUAGAUGACUAAAGGGUUUUCUUCCCACAUCACUCUCUUACAUGCCAAUAAUGAUUGGGCAAAUGAUUCAACAGCUGACAAACGAACGGGGGCCACGGCUUCGAAUCCCGUUUGUAUCUGAAGUUACAGAUCUGCUAUUUCCAUUUGUUACCAAUGUUUGCUCAUUCUUCGCCUUAUACAGAAUUGUUUUUGUGGUAUUUUUCCGUGUAAAAUGUCUUCAAAACUGACAUCCUCCACGAGCAUCCUACAAUACUGAAAAUAAAAAUUAGGCAUCAGCGAUUGUGUUCUAACAACAUAGAGUGCUAGGGUAUGACGCCUACUGCAGAUAUUUGUACAUCUUAACUCCGUGUGCAUCAAAUCACCAGAAGUUUAGUUGGAAACUACACGCAAUCUAUAUUUUACACAGCAUACAAGUUGACGCGCUUUUUGUACUCCUCUGAUGACAAGACACUCGUUCGUUCCUGUAUUGAUGGUGUGAACGUUUGCGGCUAUUGCUUUUCAGUAAAUAAAAAAAUAAUUUGCGGCACGUAGUUCUCUGGCGACUUGAAGAUAGGAGACUUACUUUCCGUUGCACUGUGUAGUACAGUGAUCAGAUAAUCAGCCGAUAUGGGUAUUGUUUGGCGGCUUAGCUCAAAUGAAUUCAAAUAGAAGUUCCCUUUUGUGUCUGAAACUUCGCCUCUAUACAAAACCGUCGGAGUAAAUGUGUCGUAGUUUUAGGAAAUAACCGCAAUAUGAGGAACCACCGUGAAAUUAGCCCAGUGGAAGCGAGUUUCCAUGGCGUAACAUUAAUUGUAAUGGGUUCCCUUUCUUUUAGCAUUAUAGAUUCUGUCUGAUAAAGUGAAAUUUCGUAUUUACAUAAGGAAAUUAGCUAUGAUAAUGUGAAAAGGGUUGAAGUCCCCUGAUACGGCAAACUAUAGGUCGUCUUAUACAUUAUCUGGCGCAUUACUGUUUACUCAGAGCAUUACAUGCUAACAACACGUAGCCCGUAGCUCCGAAACCCUAAGAAACCCUUACAUGCAACGAGACAGUAGGAUACGCAAUGAAGCUAUUAAAGCCUACUUGGGUUAGCCACGAUGAACUUCCUAUUUUCUCCGUUGACAUCCAUCCUGAUGGAUCCAGGUUUGCAACAGGAGGACAAGGUGGAGAUUCUGGAAGAAUUGUUAUUUGGAAUAUGGCUCCAAUUGUUAGUCCAGAAAUUGAAAACGAUGAAAAUAUACCAAAAAUGUUGUGCCAAAUGGAUAAUCACCUAGCGUGUGUGAAUUGUGUCCGGUGGAGUUUCUCGGGAAAAUUUUUGGCGUCUGGUGGUGAUGACAAGCUUAUAAUGAUAUGGAAAAUUAGUAAAUACACAGGUGCAACAAAUGUUUUUGGAAGUGUUGGGAAAGUAAAUGUCGAGAGUUGGCGUUGCUGCAUGACUUUGCGUGGACAUAAUGGUGAUGUCCUGGAUAUGGCAUGGUCUCCACAUGAUGCAUGGCUUGCAUCUUGUUCUGUUGACAACACAGUGAUUGUGUGGAAUGCUCUUAAGAUGCCAGAAAUGGUAGCAGUACUGAAAGGUCAUUCUGGACUAGUGAAGGGUGUUGCAUGGGAUCCUGUAGGCAAAUAUAUGGCUUCACAAUCUGAUGACAAGACAUUGAGGGUUUGGAGAACAGCAGACUGGAAAGAGGAUUCAGUCAUCACUGAACCAUUUGAAGAGUGUGGAGGUACAACACAUGUCUUGAGGCUCAGCUGGUCACCAGAUGGUCAGUACUUAGUAUCAGCACAUGCCAUGAAUGGUGGAGGUCCCACUGCUCAAAUUGUUGAACGUGAGGGAUGGCGGAAAGAUAAGGAUUUUGUUGGACACCGAAAGGCUGUCACAUGCGUUCGUUUCAAUUCCAACAUUCUGCAGAAACAAUAUCGUUCUUCAUCGAAGCCUCAGCAGUACUGCUGUUGUGCAAUUGGUUCUCGAGAUCGAUCGUUAUCAGUAUGGCUUACAGCACUCAAACGACCUCUUGUUGUGUUGCACGAGUUGUUUACUAAUUCUGUGCUUGAUCUGUCAUGGAGCUGUACAGGUCUGCAGUUGAUGGCUUGUUCAUGGGAUGGAACUGUUGCUUUUGUAGAGUUCUCAGAAGAUGAACUUGGGAAGCCACUUACAAUGGAAGAGAAGACAAUGCUUCAUGAGCGCAUGUAUGGCAAGUCACUAUCAGCUGCCGGUGGUGCAGGUGCAUGUGUGGUGGAGACACCAGAGUUGCUUGCUGUCCGAGAGAAGGCAGAAAAAGCUGCAGCAGAGAAAGCGGCAGCAGACGCUGGGCAGACUAAUGGAUCACUGGAACGGCCAACUGCUUCUGUAUCCCAGCCAUCAACACCUCUUAAGGGUCCCAUCAAUAAACAGAUAGAGACUCGUACUUCAGAUGGAAAGAGAAGAAUAACACCUAUGUACAUACCUCCUGCACCAGAUGCUGGGGAUGGACCUCGUCCAUUUGGAUUGGCAAUUACUGGUAGUGCACACCAGCCAACAUUUAGCAGUUCCUCUGAGACCAAAAGUCGUAUUAUGAUUGAAAAACGGGAUGAUGUGGUACGGCCAAAUGUUAGUAGCAGUGGAGGAACUCCUGGUUCCAGCAAAUCUUGUGAUGGCACACCAAGCCCUGCUGGAAGUACACCUGUCAAAGGCGUUCAGGCAGAUAAUAGCCUAGCUGGAACCCAAGUAGUUAUCGGAGUAACUGACAACAAGCAUCGCUCAACAAGCAAUGCAGAAACGAAACUGGAGCUACAGAAAGUAGAACGCAGUGCACCAGUUGCAGCAAAGAGACGGCUGGAUAGGGAGCCAUUGGGAGGGAAGGGGAAGCGGAUGCGUCUGUUACCACCAGCUGAUAGCAAACCAGCACCACAACCAGUGCCACCUCCUGCCCCUGCAGCCUCUGAGCAUCCAGCUCUUUCUCUGCCUGUUCUUCGGCUAUCAAAGUCGGCAUCUUUACCACUGUUGGGAGGGCGUAAACGAUUAGAAGUGUUGAAUGGUGCUCUCAACACUCCACAUGGUCCACUGACACGGGUCUGUGUGUGCAGUGUAGCAGACACUGAACAGCCACCAGACUGGGAGGCUGUGUUGGGUUCUCCGGCAGCUGGAGUGGCUGCCAAUAACCAGGUUAUUGCUAUUGCGUGCCAAGAUGCCAUGCUCCAUCUGCUUGAUUUGAAAACAGGAAGACGACCUUUCCCGCCUCUCGUGCUGUCAGCGGCUCCAUCCCGUUUGGUGCUUUCAGGGCUUCAGCAUGUUAUGGUUAUCACAAGCAAUGGCUGCAUUAGUGUAUGGGACUUUGAGAAAAGCCGUUGCCUCAUCAAGAAUGAAUCGCUGAUGCCUAUUAUGCGUUCUGAACCAGGCUCUGUUGUCACAAUUUUGAGUUGUACAGUAACAGAGAAAGGCUGCCCUAUAAUAUCACUAUCAACAGGAAAAGCAUUCAUGUUCUCCAGUGAUCUAAGUUGCUGGUUAUUAAUGGGUGACAGCUUAGAUGCAGUCCAGCGCUCUUGUGCUCAGCGUACAUUCACUCAGCUGCUGCCACAAGAAAACAAAUUGCUUCCACUUGCUUCUUUGCAGUCUCACAUUAAAGGGAUUUCGUCUACAGCAAGUCGCCUUCUUAAUGGAGCAAAUGUUGGGCCUCUAUGCACAAUAACCUUUCUGGAACAACAACUUUCAGCAUGUGUUGCACUCAACUCACCGAAGGAGUACCACAGUUGGUUGAUGUGUCUUGCCAGGUUUCUCAUUCAAGAAGGUCUGGAGUCCAAAUUACGGCUAAUCUGUAAUGAUCUGCUGGGUCCCACUCACAGCCAUUCAAAUCAAAGCAAAUCUUGGGAAAACACAAUUAUGGGGUUUUCAAAGCACGUUUUGCUAAGAGAGAUACUUUCUCUGAUGGGCACAAAUCUCAGAUUGCAGAGACUUCUUGUUGAAUAUAGUGACCAGCUCACACAAUUAGAACAAUCUGCUCAGUUAUUUAAUGGAAUGGAAAAGCAGUGAUAAGGUUACCAUAAAGUGUUUUCAUUACACAGAAUGUCGUGAAAAGUUGUGUAAUACAGGUGCAAUUUUGUGAAGUGACUUGCCUAAUGACAAAAUGUUUAUCUUAUUUUUUAAAUAGUACUUUUAAAUAAAAUUAUACUUAGUAUUACUGCUGUUCUGUGGAGUAUCAUGCUAAACAACAUUGUGGUGUCAGUGAUGAAUAUUUUUCUGUCUUACUGUCACCACAAAGUUAGAGAUAUUCAAACAUAAUUCAUAUGGAGACAUGAGCAAUGUGUUCAGUAAGCAAACUUCACUGCCAUGUAGAACACUAGUGUCCCACCUCAGGCAACAAAUUAUUAUUUGUUAUUUUGUGUGUGUUUGUACCUGUUCUUAUUUGUUCUGCUGUUAAAUGAUAAGAAAAUCAGUAUAUUUUAAUAAGCAACAUCUUACGUUAUCAGUAUUCAUCACAUAACAUUCUCAGAAAAAGAUAUGCUACUUUGGAAGACUGCUACCCUCACAACAUUCAACUGUAAAUAAAAACAUUGUUUUAUAAUAAAACAAGAAAAUGCAUACAAGAUUUUUCCAAUAGCUUCAUAUAUAAUUGUAAUUCUUGUCAUUGAUGUGUGUUGUUUAUUCAUUUGAAGGCAGUGUGUUAUUUUUGUAUUUAAAGGCAGUAUUGUUAGUCAUGUAAAACAUGGAUAGUCAUCACAUAUUUAUUUAGGUUAUUUGUGUCUUUUGUAAAGUUUUCAUAUGUUAUUUAAUUGUUUGAUGAAGUUCAGUUAACUUAGUUUCUGUGAAAUUAAUCUGCAAAAUAAUUCUGAAAUAGUUUAUUAUUGUGUGUAUGACUUAUCAUUACAAAAAGACUGACAUAAAUGGGAGUACUAGUGUCUUGAUUUUAAACUUAAUUUAAGAAAAUGUGUUUGUUACAAGUUCUAGUUAUAGCUGAUACAUUCCUCUGCCUCAUGUAGCGAAUGAAAAUAAUUGAUAUUCAUCAAUUCAUGAAUGCUAAAAAGUUAUUCAACUACAACUGUGUUCAUUCAAUUACUUUUAAUAACAAAUGUGAAUAAUAACUGGUUCAUUUCUUCUGAGAACCAAGCCAUGUCAGUUAAAUUUGUCAUUCUACUUUUUAUUAUUUUAUGCAUAACUUCAUUCUGUAGAAUUUUUUUCCAUAGUGUAUGCACACAAAAGACCCCUAUUGAGAAAUUGUUCAAAAUUCAGCUGUUGUUAGUCAGUAUAAAACUCUUUAGAAACCCUGUAAAAUAGUCUUUUUGUGUUGAUUUUAUACACAGCUGUUCAUCAUUAUAGAGCAGAUGCUCAUUAUCUUUUACAAAGAGACAAUAAUAAUAACUGAUUUCUCACCAAAUAAAUUUAAUUGGUAACUGUUUUCUGUAAGUAAUGUUUUUCUGCAUUCGCAUUCUUAUGCAUGUGUGAAUGUGCAAGUGAGAUUUGUUUGAAUGUGCAAGUGAGAUUUGUUUGAAUGUGCAAGUGAUAUUUGAAUCUGAAUGGAUGGAUAAUUUGAUCUGAGUUUAUUGUAUAAAACUGUAUGUUACAGGAGUGUGUACCUUGAAGGAAUAAUUGAUUUUAUUUAAAACAUUCGUUCAACAAUUUUUUAAGAUUUUAUUUAAAUGUACACAACAUUAAAUAGCUUUAUUGCAAUUUGAAUGCAAAAUGUGUAGCAGUGGCUGUGAUUGUGUUUCAUUCUGGAUUAUUAUUUAAAAGGAAAGUAAAUUACUGUAUUUUUUCAUUCAUUGGUGUAAAUUAUGAUUCACAUUUUAAUACUGAUAAGAUUUGAGUAAUUGCUUCAUACCUAAGUGAUUUGGUGUAUAAGUAUUUCAUUCAAUUUGAAGUUCUGUGUUUGUUCAUAAGUGGAGCACUUCGUGCAAUCAUCUUCUAGUGAUAGUUUAUAAUGACAUGAGAUGACAUAAAUGAAUUGGUAAUAUUUGACAAUCAAAACUACAAGUUUUUACUUUUUUUCCAUGUGACUGACAUAUACCAUACAUUUAAACAUUGUCACGUUAUUUAACAAUUUUGAAGACUGCUAUCUUCAUUUUGUCACUUGAUGUGGCUGGCAACAAGAGACAGCAUCUUAAGGUCCACAUCGAUUCCAAAUUAAUUAAAAGUCCAGCCGAUGUUUUAAGUCCAUGAACAACAUCUUUACGAUAUAACAGCAAUGCCAGAAAUCAACAUCCUGCAGAGUUUGUGUUUUAGAUGGGCCGUCUCAGUUUCCUUUCAGGCUAAGUUUGAGCUUUUGCAUUUAUUCCACAUUUUCGUGUGGUGGAGUUCGCAAAAUCAGUAACUUUUCAUCAAAGACAAAACUUUAUUGCUUUGUACAGUAUGGUGCUAAGGACUCCCAUUAGUAAUUUAUUGUUAUUUUGUCUUGGCUGUUAUGUUUCAUAAAAUGAAAAUAAAUACUACCGGCAGACCACGUACUUUCUUCCCACAAAGUUAGGAUGCAUUCUUGUCAUUGUAACAAUGACAGCUUUAUUUUCCUAUGAUGACGUCAAGCAAAACAUUGUGAAAAAAAAGGUGAAAAUUGCUAUAAAAGUUGAGAUAAUAUGACUCAGCCAUUUUCUUCAAACAUUUCUGUAUGACCUCAUCACUGACAACAUGAUGAGUAAUGAAAUGGCCAGCCACCUCAACAUUUGUUCUUCCAUUUUUAAACAAGUGAUUACACUGCUGCACAACACCUUCACACGCGACACUCUUUCUUUUUUGAAUGAUUUCUUGAAGCCCUCCUUUGCCAUUUUCUUUGUUUCUUGUAUGAUUGUUCUGUGUUGGUCUAAGGGCGAAAUUGAACAAUCGUACAGGAAAUAAAGAAAAUGGCAGCUGAAGGCUUCAAGAAAUCAUUCAAAAAAUUCAUUGCAGCUGCAGACGCUAUCACAUUAAAAAUUGUACUCUUUUCAUAAAUAGCACAAAUUUUGUGAUAAACAGGAACAUCUGUGAUGGUUUUCUUGAAGAAAAAAGAUAGUAGUAUCUCUCAGGGAACAAAUCUAAUGGUGUUUGGAAGUGCAACAUUCAUUUUAAAUGACUCCUGCAGAGAAACAGGCAACUAUAAAACUUUAUCACUAGUACAGAUGGUGAACUAAUGUACACAUUGGUACAGGACUAGCAAUUUAGCCUUUCUUGAGUCCAAGUCAUCCUCAUUCAUCAUAAGGCACUAAUGGACAAGUACUUCAUUUUAUGAACAAUAUGUAAAAUUGACUGUCAUCCCUAAAUUAGACAGUACUUAUAAUGCCAAUUGUUCAUUAUGUAAAUUCCAAUAUUCAUUACUGUAGAAUAUUAGUGUUUACAGACAAAGUUGAAUCAUAAAUAUUUGUCAUUAUGCUAUGAUAAUGGAAAUUCCAGGAUUGGAACAAUAAACAAAAGUGAGGAAAUGCAACAUUUCAUCUGUAGUUAAUUGAUGCAUGGGGCAUAUGUACAAUUAACCGUUGAGCUGUCACUGUUAAGGUUUCAGUACAUGUUCUUUCAUACAUAACCACUCCAUAGUGUGUCACCGUGACCAGAAGUAGGUGCAUUGAGAGAGAGAGAGAUCAUAUAAAUCAACAAGAAGUGAGUAGUUGUCUUAACUCAAUUUUGGUUUCAUCAUUAUGAGCUAGAUCUCAAAAAAAUGAAUAACCUUUGUGCCCGAAAAGAAAUACCUACUUGCCAACACUGGCACUAUAAUUGAGUCAUUUCCAAGAGGAGCAGGAUUCAAAUCCCAAUCAAGCUUUCCAGAUUUAGAUUUUCUGUUGUUUCUCUAAAUCAGUUUGGGUAAAUACUUAAGUGAUUUUUUGCAAAGAACACUGUCAGUUUCCUUUCUCAUUCUUUUCCAAUUCGAGCAUGUGCUCCAUCUCUGUUAAACUUUAAUCUUCCUUCCUUCCUUUCCUUUUUAUCUUUCCUUUCUUCCAUUCUUUUCUGCAUGUGAUAUGCCAUAACAACAAUAAUUGGAACAGAUCUGAUAUGCUAACAAAUUUAAAAAUAUUUUUAAAUCUUUAGCUUUCGUUAGUGUAGGAAGGAAGUCCUGCCCUCAUGUUGUAAAGAGAGGAGCAGUGCCCUCUCAUGCAAUGAAGCCCGCAGUAUAAAUAGGACUUAAGCUUCCUAUUUCAUACUGAGCAUUUACGAAGAUGAAAGUGACACAAAGAGUUAACUAAUGCUUAAAUGUGUUAUCAAACUAAAAUUGAUUUUUAUGCUGACACACUUAGUGAUUAUAUAUAUAUAUAUAUAUAUAUAUAUAUAUAUAUAUAUAUUGCUACAAUAUACAAUGCUUGACAAAAAUAAGUGAAGCACCCAAAACCAACAAAACAAAACUGGUUGUGGUGUUACUUCACUGACUAUAGAGUCAAAUUUAUAAAGAACUUCAGAGCACGAAUCCACCUACAAGUAUGAUGUUACACCCCCUCUGGCCUUGAAGCAUGCCCUGAUCUGAUUGGGAAGGGUAUCAUAAAGCCUUUGUAUCCUCACCUGAGGCAUGUUGCUUCACAAAUGUUCUAACUGUUCCUUGACAUUUUCGAUAGUGACCCUAGGAUGGAGCUGACAUUGAAGCUUGUCCCACACAUUCUGUGGGGGACAGAUAUGGGGAUCUUGUUGGUGUCAACAUCAUGGGGACAUUUAAUACAGAAACAUGCCCCCUGUGAACAAGCAUUAAUCUUUUCAAAAAUGUCCCCACGAGGAAGAAUACUUGAAAAUACAAGAUGUCGGUGACAUACAGUGGUGCUGUCAGUUCCUUCAAUCAUUACCAGCCACGUGUGAAGUAAUAUACAGUGGCUUGUCACAUCAUGAUGCCAGGAAUAACACUGUUGUGCCUCUCCAAAACAUUGAAAAAAUGGGACCCCUACCCAGGUAGCCACCAUACUCACCGAUGAUGGUCAUCCAGAGUAGUGAAGAAUUGAAAUACAUUGAUGAGAACAAUAUGUUGUCAUUCAUCAACAAUCCAUGCUUCCUGGUAAUGACAUCACUCCAAAGGCAACAGUUAUGUGUUGUGGAGUUAAUGGCAGCCUAUGUAUAGAACUGUAGGUUCAUAGUCUGGGUGCUGCCAGUCUCUGACUAAUUAUGGUUCAAGGAGUCCAUUACUUAUUCUUGGAUCCUCCCUUGUAGUUGUCAGACAUGCUCGAUUGGAACCUGACAAGUACACCUCGUCUCAUGUUCCUAUGCAGCCCAACAUCAAGCCACUAUCACAUCUGAAUGCCCCACAAAUUUGAAUAGUCCUCAAUUCCACCAGCUGGCCAAAUGGAGACCUACAACGAGGCAUCUUUCAUACUCUGUAGGGUCUGAUAACGCUGUCUGACACAAGUAUGUAACAUUUCAUUGUCCUUCUUAGUGAUGGCUCAACAUCUGAUGUUGUUUGUGCCCCUUAUACCCCCUACCACACCAUGGUAACAACACUAAACAUGAAUAAUGCCCUCAGGUGGCUGUUCUACUAGCUACACAGAACUGCAACUCUAUAAUCUUUUACAAACCCACUGAUGCUGUGCACACAUUGACAUCCAGCAAGUCUUUUGGGUGCUUUGCUUUUUUUGUCUAGCAAUGCAGAUACAAUUUCUGUGUUUGAUUGCAAAGAUUGACAAUGAUGGGAGAAAAAGGGCUACUGGCCCACAGUCUUCUAUUGUUUGCUGGAGGGGUCAAAAAACAAAACACAUAAUAUUUGCCGCAAUGUGGAAUGGAUUCAUUUCUGUAAUUUAGAGCCAUAAAUUCUAAUUUUUACAGAACUUUAGUGCAGUACAAACAGUAAUGUAUUGUAUGUUAUAAUAUAGGGCAGGAAAUGACAUAUGUCCCAACUCUUGUGUCUGGCUAGUAGGCAUGUCCUGUUUUUGUGACGCUCAAGUAAUAAUAUCAAUAAUAAUAAUAAUAAUAAUAAUAGCCAAUUCUGUGUAUAGAUAUUUAUAUCAUAGUUGUGCAUGCUUUAUUAUCCUCUUAGGCAGAACUAAUUUAUUGUGUUUUAACAGUGGCAUCUGAUUUUACAUACAUGCAUAGAUAAGUUUCACAAACUGUACAGUAAGUAAACACAAAAUGUGAACUAACUCGCCAUAUCCCCAUCCUGGAUAGCUGUUGCAGUCUUGUACAACAAUUUCAGGCAUGAUGCUAAUAAUUAUUUUUGAAUUAACAGCAGAAGAACAUGCUGUGAGUUGCAUAACUAAUUUCUAACAUUUAAAUUAAUCUUUCAUUGUUUAUUCCCGGCCAGAGUAUAUUUCUCCAGUAUUUAACCCACUCUGAUGCCCUUCCGAGGAUACUGCUCUGUCGUUUCAAAAUGUGCUCGGUUUGAAAGAUGUAAAGAUUUUCUUAUGUGCAAAGUUAAAUUGUGAAUAAUGCACCUAUUUAACUUAAGAAUCAUCAAGAUCUUGGCAUUCCUUUAUUUGUAGUUGAAGUUAAUGGAAAACACAUGUAAGGAAAAGUCAUAUAAGAGAAAAAUAGUUGAGCAUUUUGAGUCCUGUGUUGAGAAAACACAAUACACAGAGCAAAAUGAAACCUGUUGUGAAAUUGAUCAGUCUAGCAUCAGAUAUCAAAUCAAAUUGUAGAUUCCUCAGGGAAGAUGUAAAAAUAUUGUUGGUUGUGUACAGAAACAUGCAUAAAAGCACACAAAUUGUCUACAUGAAUGAAUGGGCAGGCAAGAAAAUGGAACAUGAAAGAAAGAAAAUAGACUAAUUGUAGUAUGUCCUCAUUUUAUGUUUAUAAUAGUUAUUAUAGAGUAGUUCAAAUAUAACAUCAAAUACAUUUUAUUUGACCAGUUAAUCCAUAAAUAAGUAGUAUAAACCUUUCUAUGUAAUUCACUGGAUUUGUGUAUGCCCUGGAGGUGGGACGUACGAAAGAAAUUGAGACUUGCUGUUGUAAUCCUUCGGUCAUGUAAUUUUCACCUGCUUCUUGAUUUGGAAUGCCUAUGUCUCAACUCCUGUUUGAUAGACCUACAUCAUAAUAAUUACUAGAAAUGAGAUUUGAUGCAGAGGGUGGGUGUAGAAAACUUUUAACUUUUUGCAGGACCUGACACUAAAUUCUACUGUCAAUUCACAAAUUGCACAUAAGUGCAGGAAAAAGUUGGAAUUACACCACAUUAUGAGGGCUAAUUAGCCAACUUCAGUAUCUGUAUUUGUAUAUGUUUCUCAUCAUACUUAUACAAUGAUUUUCUUUUAAAGAGUCUUCCAGCACUGAUACGUUUUCUGGCCCAGUGUAUAUGGGAUAACUACGGGGUGUUUGCCUCACAAUGAUGAGAUUCUUAUACUUCACACUCAUUUUUUAUUACUCGUUGAAUGGAAAUGUGUUUAGAAUCUAGAGUCCUGCAUCUGAGAAGUGACUUUGUCUGAGAGCUGAUAUAUUUCUAGUAUUCUUUCCAUUGUGCCUUUCAGCAACUCAGUGCCACCUCUGUGUGGUGAGUAACAAAUCUAUCCUUUCCAUAUUGUUCAAAACAUGUUUACACUUUUCUGAAUUACUCCUCAUUCAAGAGGAACAUUUCAUGUAGGAUCUGUGGAUGAGCUAUUAGCAUACCUCUUUUUGUUUUGUUUUCGUAAAUAUGUCAUUUUGUACAUCAUUGAGGAUCUCCUCGCUGAGGAUCUAUACAAGGAAAAGUACAUUUUAUCCAACCUACUGCAGAAACAAGUAGGAAUCACUAUACAGUUCUUCCGUUAUCCAAAAUAUUGCAAAAGGUUUGUUUUUGUGUUAAAUCUUCAAAAAGUGUGCAACAGAUAUCUGGUCCAAUGUGCUGGCUAUUUUUGCAGUGUCUGCUGUUUGUUUGCAUUAUGUUGCCACAUGUGUUUCAUGUUUCAGACAAGAAGAUACUGAACUUCAAAACUCUCUGCAUAUAUGUUGAGUUACAACCUCUUUUACCUUACAUUUAUUUCAGCACCAAACAAUUUUAUCUAAUUUCUUGUUCUUUGCAGAUAACCUUUGACUAGCUAAAUAAGUUAAGCAAAUUAUUAAGUGUGCCAAAACUUUAGUUGUUACAUUUUCUGUACAUUUUUGCCUGGAGUCUGUGCAUGUGACCCAAUGUUGUACAUGAUUGGUAUUAUUGCCCCUACUUGUACACUAUGUUUUGUUGCACUUUCCCAGAAACCUUUAGUUCCAUAAGCAAAGUUUGGUCAAAUUAGUGUGCACAUACAUAUCGAACACUUCAUUGUAAGGAUAUUUCACAUCGAUUUUCGUUUAUUGUGGGAAGGCUCAGAUGAUGUAUUUUGUUCAGCUUUUAAAAGAGCUCUCACAUCAACACCAGUUAUUGCCUAAAUUCAACAAGUCUUUUUAAGAACAAGUAAGUCUUUAACUUUUAAAUAGUGAAUUCUAAUGACAUGAUUUACAUACAUCCUCAAGUCUCAUCUAUCAGGUUGGAAUAAGUCAUGACAUCUGUCAUUGCACACACUUGAAUAGUGUAAUAGAAGUAUUUUUAACCAACAUAAUCAAUCAUGAUAAUGCUUGAGAGUUCCAAAAAAUAGUCAUUAUAACUUUUAUUUAUGACACAUUCAGUUUUGUUUUUCAUUGUUCCUUUUCACCAUUAACAUCUGCUUUGACUACAAGUUUCCUAUGGGGUGUAAUAAUGGAGCCAAGUUUUAUAGUCUCACAAUGACACAAGAAGUCCUUUGGAUUAUGUUUCAACUUCUCCAAACAUCAUUUUAGCUGUCCUCCCUUGAUCAUCUUUGAUUUAGGGUCAACAAAUGAGGCGCAAAUUAAACACAGCUUUAUUCCAGACUUCAUCUACCAAUUCAUAUAAGAUUUGCAUCAUUUCAUGAAAGGUGAUUUGAUAAUCUUCUAUGACAGUACUGUAAAUUUUGUCAACAAAUUCUUUAAAAGAAACUUAGUGUGUGCCCAGAAUAUGCCAAAUCUUCAGAAUUGAAACAAGUAUAUUCAGAUCAAUUUUUACUGUAGUAGAAGAUCUUGAGUACUAAGUUAGUAGAACCAUGAACUUCUCUCAUUGUAGUUUUUUUCAGUCCAUGUUACAAAAUCAUACUCUUUCCUCCAUUAUCAUCAGUAAAGAGAGGAGGGUAGUUCACUGAUGAGUAUCCUUUGGAACUCUGUUGUUUGUCUCCUGUUAAAACCAAGGUUUGUAGUGACAGCUGAAGCCACCCAUCAUGACCUCAUGGUAACUAUCAUGGCCUCAUGGUAACUAUCACCAUCAGGUUCAUUAAAGAACUACUGCUUGUCUGGCAGAACAUGCACAGAGGUGGCGCAGUACUGUGAAGUUUCUACAGUAUGCAUUUGAAUGUUGUCCAGCAGUGAGUCUGAGAUGAUAUAAUGACUUGGUCUGGUGACGAUUAUGCUGUUGUACUGGUUGUGUGGCCUUUGUGGUAUGAUGUUCAUGCCAUUGAUUUGGGUCAGUGCCACGAAGCUCUGCUGCAGGUCUUUUGUACUAAGAGGAUAUUGUGUGAGUGUUCUUGCAUUUGUCCAACAAUACAGUAUCCUUGUUAGUAGUAGAUCCUCAGUAUUGAUUAAGAUUGUUUCAUGGAACUUCAGGAGUGGAGGUUGGUAUUUAAUGCUGACAUUUACCAGCAUUUCCAGGGAUGUGGCUAAUUAUGUUUAGUACAGUGGAAGGAAAAGGAAAGAACUACUGAAGGUUUGUUGUUGUCGUCAUUCAUGCACUGUCCUCUUAUUGAAUUCAUCUGAGCAGUAUAAAAACCAAUGUUCUUUUAAGUUUGUAUUUUUUACAGACUGUGAAAGAUGCUGAGUCAAAAUUUGAGCAGUUUCAUCUGACUCUUCAACAAAAUUAUGAAGUUUAACUUUAAUUCCUUCCUUGAGACUGAAACAUCUUUUAACAACAGGAACAAAUUCUGCAACACUUGUGUUUGAGUUGUCUGUCAUUAGCGUUCCAUAAUUAAUGUUUUCUAAAGAAUGCAACACAUCAUCAGGAACAAAUGCCGAAAUUACAUCAACAAUAAUUGUUUAAGUUUUGGUUCUAGCAAAAGAAAAUUUAGGAUCAUAUAAUUUUUUAACUAGGUUGGACGUGCAGUAUGAUACUUGGAAACUGAGUUCGUGUGUAGCAGUGUAGUAGCCUCUUUAGCAGCACACUCUGCAUAAGUAAUAUUCCCACAUUUCUCUUUAAAAAAAACCUUUUCAUAUCUACACCUACGUGAGUACUCUGCAAAUCACACUUGAGUACCUUGGCAGAGCGUUCAUCGAAUCACCUUCACACUAAUUCUCUAUUAUUCCACUCUCAAACAAUGUACAGAAAAACGAACACCUAUAUCUUUCCAUGCGAGCUCUAGUUUCCCUUAUGUUAUUAUGAUUAUUGUUUCUCCCUUUGUAGGUCAGCAUCAACAAAAUAUUUUUGCAUUUGGAGGAGAAAGUUAGUGAUUGAAAUUUGGUGAGAAGAUCCCGCUAUAGUGAAAAACACCUUCGUUUUAAUGAUUUCCAGCGCAAAUUUUGUAUCAUGUCCGUAAUACUCUCCUUCCUAUUUCUCAAUAAUGCAAAACACAUUGCCCUUCUUUGAACUUUCCCUUAUGCUUCAUCAAGCAGUAGCAGUAAUAGCACUCCUAUGUUUAGUUGUCUACAUGAUUUUUAAUAUCACCAUUUUCUUUAUGUGCAACAUAAAAUUCUCCAGUACAUGAUGUACAAUAAACACGUUCAUUGUUACUGUCAUUACACAAUUUAAAAAAAUUAUGUUUCUGCUGCAGAUUAAAAUUAAACAGGAAAUUUUUUUGCCCAUUGCUAAACAAUGAGACAAAAACACCUCUCAAUCCGAUGUAGGCUGAGAGAGGCACAGUCGUAAGAGGAUAUUUAAAAAUGUGAUGUCGAACAUAUAAGUUAAAAAAAGAAAAUCUACCUAGUCACUAAAUUCUCAAACCCCAAACAUUUUUGCAGCCUCUGUUACUCUGGACAGCACUAAAAACCAGGACUGUCCAGGUUAAUUGUGGACAUAUAGUAAAUUUAUGUAGAGUUCCCAAAACAAUAAAACAGGCUAAACUGAUUUAUUAAAUCACAUGGGAAGUUGAAUCAUUGUUCCUUUGCCAUUAAAUAUAAUUGCUGCAUACUCUAUGCACAGAUAGACUUGACAGAAUUAUGUAAAUUGGAAUUUCCUGACAGAUUGAAACAGCAUGCUGGGCCAGGACUCAGACCUGGGGGACCUUUUCAAAGGAUCCAUUUUUGAGCUCCAUCCCAGCACCUUGUUAUAACUGCCAGGAAGUUUCAAAUACUGUACAAUCUGUCAUCAGAGUGAAAAUCCAAUAAUUGUGUAAAGUUACUUUAAAAUAUUGCAAAAAUUAUAUAACUGUGUAUAUAAAAGUGGAAACCCAUGUUUAUUUUCUUGGAGUGGAACUUUUCUAGAUGAUGUGAAUUCAGUAAAGAAACAGAAGUACUAUGCAAUGUAUCACUGCCAUUUCAUCAUGUACAUGAAACAAAUAAUUGUUCAUCUAUGUUCUAUGAUUAUAUGAGUGCUUAGGCAAUUACACCAAUGUGUAUGGAAAGAUAUGCUAACAUAAAUUUAAAAAAAUUGUUUUUCUCCAAGACAAGCUAUGUAACAUUUUCUUAAAUGUGAUUCUUUUUUAAAUGUGAAUUAUGCAAAGUUAUUUUGUCAUUUAUUUAUACUUUCAUUUGUUAAUUGUGAAAUGCAUAAAACAAAAGAUGACAGAUUAAAAUGAUACAGCAGG